AACUGGAAGACAAGGAUAUAACUUAUGUCACAGACAAAGGCUCCAAUAUGGUGAAGGCCAUUCAAACCAUGGGAGCUCCUCAUCAUCUUUGCCUUGGGCACGGCGUGCACAAUCUUGUAAGCAAAGAUGGCAUUAAGGGAGCUUUAGUCGUCGACGAACUAUGCAAAAAGGCCAGGGCAGUGUGCAAGGCCGUACGGUACAGAGCCCCAGUCAUUGAGAGGGAAAACAAGAAGGAGCAGGGACUGGACUGGCUGAAGGCUGUUGUGGACGCCGACGAGCACGCAGCGACGGACGACGCGGACCCCAUCCCUGAUCCUCCUGACGCUGACGACUCAACCGCGGGUGGCGCGGCCGCGGCCGCAGGCAGUGGUGGACAGGACCGGAACCAGAACCAGACGUCGAACGGAGAUGAGAUGUUUCUGCAAUACCCAAUCGCUGCCGCUCCAACUAGUGUAAAGCUGCCCGUGCCCACAAGAUGGCACACUGUUUUGAUAAUGCUCGAGAGUCUGGAGCAAAAUAAGGGCCCAGUAAACAUUGUACUAAGUGAGGUUGGCAAAGAGGAUCUGCACUUCAGCAACGCCCAAUACAGCACCAUGAAGUCCAUGAUUGGGUUCCUGAGUGCGUUUCGAAGAGCAGUAGAAAUAUUGAGCGCGGAAUCGUGCACUCUGAAUCUCGCCUUGCUUCUCAGGUCAGAGCUGGAGGAUGUCCUAAAAGAGGACGAGGAGGACUCACUUGUAGUAGGAGACCUCAAGAGACGCCUACGCGAUAGACUGGAUUUUAGGUUUCCCGUGAAUGACCUGCUCGUCACUGCCGCUCUUCUAGACCCACGGUGCGCCAACCUCGUUAUUGUCAACGAGUACCUUAGAGUGCUCGGCGAAUCAAAGGCUGAGUUCUUGGCGAGGCAAGUGCGGUACAAUGUCCUCGAAUCGCACCUUCCGGAUGAAGCGCGGCGUGGACGCGAGGAGCCAGUGGAGGAGCUGCAGGCACAGCCCGGCCCAAGCACAUCGCGAAACAAGAGGAAGAGCGCCACUACGGCAGAAGAAUUAAUGAAUCUCUCCCGCAAGCAUUCCAAAUCACAAGACGGCACUCGGGCCGAAGCUGUGGACAAGGAGGUCCGACUCUACCUGGACUCCUGCAACCCGGACGACGUAAAAGACAAUGACGUUUUGGCGUUCUGGCGCGGGCGACUGAAGCAAUACCCGUGGCUAAGUACAGCUGUCCGCAAAUUUUUGUGUAUCCCGGCCACAUCCACUACUGCUGAAAGAGUGUUUUCCAUAGCUGGAUUGACCAUCACUGCAAAGCGCUCUAGGUUGAACCCUGACCGUGUUGAUAUCAUAAUUUUCAUUCAUGAAAAUUAUGACAUAUGCAGCAAACUUUUUCAAUAAUAUGUGUGUGAUUAUACUGUUUUUCAAUUCAUGAAAGAUCUUUGUAUGUAUAACUAUAUUUACAUACCAAUUACCAAAGUUAUAUUUAUGACUUGUUAGUAAAAUUGACGUUAAUUUUUACCUAUUUUGGCUCUAUAUAUUUUUGACUGUCACUAUGACUUUGUAUCCUAUUUUCCUUCUCAGAACGUAAAGUAACGUGUUGCUUUGCUAAUUAUGCAUUUUUUUCGAAUUUUCGAGGUAUUUAAGGCAUUUUAAGCUAUCUCACGCCGCCCACGCCGCCGCCGCCGCCGCCGACUAGAGCAUCGGCGUGACGCCGGCGUGCGCCGCCGCCGCCGGCAAAUUUUGGGCCCCACGCCGCCGCCGCCGAAAGUGGGGUCGGCGUGCA